AUGGACUCGCCGGGCUCAGCGCGCGGCGACGUCUCCUCACGGCUGCCCGUCCAUCUGCAACAGCCAUCAUCAUCGAGUUUCUCUGAUCCAGAAGUCUUCACGUCUACCCAUAACAUCCGACCGGGACAGACGUUUGUUUCAGUGCAAACCCUCACAAAAGAGUCGUUCCAUGUGGCAGUUAGUUCGAAAACCAAAGUACACGACGUCCUUUGGAAAUGUGGCGAACGUCUUUCCCUAUCAGAAGACAAAUUGUUCGGUCUAGCAUUUCGACAACCAACAGAAGGAAUCGGCGGUGAUCAGCCACGUCAUGAGUAUUACUUUCUUGAUCCUGCAGCGAAAAUCAUGAAGUAUGCUCACAAACAGCCACGUUUUGCUAAUUGGCAUUCAAAGUCAAGUGAAAAUCGACCAAUUCUGGUUCUCUACUUUCGAGUGAGAGUCUACAUUGAUCAGGUUGGAUUAUUGACGUGUCCAAAAGCACGAGAACAUUACUAUCUGCAACUGAAAGACAACUUUCUCGACCACUGGGCGGGGAGAAAUAGUGUGUCAGAAGAGAGGUGUUGGUACAUGGCUGCCCUCGCUCUUAUAACGGACAAAGGGACGGACUAUCUCGGGUAUUUCCGUGCGGAACAAUACUUUCCGUUAUGGGUGAUAAACGAACGUGGUCUCGAGUAUAUUCGAAACAACUUACCCGCCGCAUGCGAAGACAUUAUCAAUGAAGGACGCUACAAAGCGAUGGAAAAGUUUAUGAUCGAGGCGGGAAGGUCACCGUUCGCUCUAAACUGUCAUUUGUACGGAUUAAGAAGGCAUAAAAUGGAUAAUACGGAUAAUGCGGUGCUCGGAAUCAACGCCAAGGGCAUCGAGAUGUGUGACAUCGGAGAGGAUGGAGACAGAAUUCCAUUGAGAUCAUUGACAUGGAGUCGAGUGGCAAAGCUAUCUUUUAAUCGGAAGAAGAUGACUAUAAUUGGAUCAGAUGGAACAAAAAUGUCAUUAUAUGCACAGACAGAGCAUAAAGCAAGAUAUUUAUUGGAGUUAUGCAAAGCAGUACAUCAAACGUUAUUAGUUAUGUCACAUCUUCAUGCAACUAUGGCACCACCUCCAAAGCCAUAUCUAGAAAUGUCAGUAGAUGGAAUUAGUACGUCAUCGACUAGUGGAAUCGGUAGUGGAGAUCAUGACAAGGAUAGUGAUUCUUUGAGCAGUGCAUGCGGUGAUCGGUGUCAUGGCUCAAUGUCUUCGAAACUCCGUCUUAGAAUCAAAAUGGAUUCGAAUCUCGACGUGAAGAUCGAGAAGAUGGAACUGGAUCACAUCCGACAAGAACGAGCAGCAUCUCAAUCCAGCAAAGCCAGUGACGAAAGUGAAAGGUCUCGACUGGAACUUCGUUAUCAAACCUAUCAUCCUGCACACGAAUCAUCGGGUGCCACGUCUUCAACAUAUACCGUGACCACACCUCAAGACACAACUACAAGACCGUCUUCAAUGGAUAAUGCCUCACAGACAAUAGAGUCGGGAAGCACUAGAAGUAUAGUGGAUGUUAAUUUUAAUAAUAAAAAUAGAGAGCGACAUGAGUCAUCAACAUCGACAAGUGGUACACACGUGGCAUUUUCAUCGAAAGAUGUGACAAUGCCAACGGAAAGUACAGUAGUAAGCAGUUCAAUAGCAAUGAAUCAACCAUUAGACACCGAUACAACUCAAUCAAUAAACGACCGAUUACUAUCAAUGAGUGCAAGUGAUUUACGAGCAAUGGCUGAAAGAUCGUACUCUCCACCAGCUCAGUGGAAUACGAAUGCUCCUUCGACUGGAAGUUCAUCACCACCAGAAAUGAUGCCGAGAGAUAAAAUGACAAGAUCUGAAACAAGAAUAGAUUCUCAAUAUCAUGAAAUGUGGUUGAAUCAUCAAAUAGAAGGAUUCAACGGAGCAAUUGGAGGUACUGGAGGACGUUUUGUGAAGAAGAACUCUGCUGGAAACAGGAAUGCGAAUGCUAUCAACAGAGUUCAUUCGAUGCCAAGUCACUAUCAUGUUAAUGGAUAUUAUAGGAACAAUAAUCAAAUGCUGAGCACAUAUGAAGACGCCGCAAUGCAUCAUGGACCAACAUCAUUAACCCAUGCCCAUUCUCUUCAUGUUCCUGGAACAGUUGCUCGUCCAAGAAACCCUCCACCAUACGAGUUUCCAGCUCCAGCAACAUUUGCAGUUGGACCAAAGCAGUCGUCAUCUCCACCUCCCCAAGCCAUGACCCAAACUCAUAAUCAAACAACAUCAUCUGCUGCUCCAGUUCCAACUGGUCCUCUUCCUGCUGAAAUCGCUGGUGAUCGACAAGCAUCGUUUCCACCAGCCAGUGUCACUCCAACACAAUUUUUAGAAGAAACGGGAUCAUUUUCAACGGAGAAAAUGCAAAAUUAUCCAUUGAUUCUGCAAUUGUUGAAGGAGCACCGACAAAGUCAAGGGCAGUUGAAUAAUAUUCCGAAAACAAGGAAUGGAAUGACCAAUGGAUUUUAUGGAAAUUCUCCAGCUGGAAUUCUGUCUCAUAACCGAAGACCGUCGUCGUGCAUUGAUUUGAGCUCGUUAGAUGGUGGUGUAAUUAACGGAGGAUCUUUCGUUCUUCCAACCCAUCGCGGUGAUUACUUCCUUGAUUCUGCCACGCUUUCGCAGAAUCUUCAUCUUCCGAGCUUUGUACCUAUGAUUGCUUCAACCACAACAGCAUCUUCAACCACAAUGACAUCUUCAGUUAUUUCCACACAAUCUCAUCAGCCACAACCACAUCCAAGUCAACAGUUGCACCAUCAGCAAAGUGUAAAGUCAACUAAUAACUUUGCUAGAAUAGAACAACAUAAUGGCAACUUGAUUCUUCCACCACCUCCACCAUAUCAGCAACCACAGCAGUUGGUCAACUAG